AUGACGAAUUUUGUUCCAGAAACCCUAUUUACCAAUUCACUCAACUCAAAAUACAAUUCACACUAUAUUUUUACUAUUUUCCAAAUUUCAGAUUCAAACCAAGAAAGCUGUAAAUUACAAGAUAGAAGAUUUGAAUGGAAUGAUAAACCUGAAGAAGAAAAUGACAAAGUCACUGCUAUUCUUGGAGGAGAUGUCACACUUAAGUGUGUCCUGAAUGGGGUCACAGAGAUACUCUCACAAAUCACCUGGCAGAGAUGGAUAAAUGAAAAGAUAGAAAACUUUCUAAUCUAUCAUCCGAAAAUAGGGCCUCACCCACUGGUCCCAUUUGCAAGAAGAGUCACAUUUGUUGGCAAAGGAGCCUGGGAUGGCUCAAUUAUCAUUAAAAAUGUCAGUCUGUCUGAUGAAGGGAAAUAUAACUGCAUCUUCACCACCUUUCCCACUGGCUCACAUGAUCACUUUAUUAAGCUGUUUGUUCAAGUUAUACCAAGCAUCACAGUUUCCUCAGAAAAUAUCUUAUUGGCUGGAAAGGGUGAAGCCACAGUGGCAACCUGCAUAGCUGCACAUGGCAAGCCAGCAGCUAAGGUGAGCUGGGAAACUCACUUGGAAAAGGAAUCUCAUGUCGUGGAUGAAUUCUUUGCUGAAAACUGCACAGUAACAAUUCGUAGUCAACUGCUAACAUUCCCUACCAAGGAGAUGAACCAGCAGGAGCUGCACUGUGUUGUAACUCAUCCAACAUUUCAGCAACCAGAAAUUCUCCCUUAUAAAUUGAACAUAUCCUAUCCCCCUUCAGUUGUUUUAAAGACUUUUGUGGAUGAACCAGACCAGCUAACCCUCUACUGUGAGGCAGAUGCAAACCCGGCCCCGACAAAAUUUGUAUGGAUUAAGGAACACAAAAUGCUACAAAAUAUGUCUACCAAUAAAAUUUUCUUAACAAAACUCGCACCUCAUCAUACAGGACUCUAUUCCUGUGAAGCAUCCAAUCAGCAUGGGACAGGGAAUGGCAAUUUAUUCCUCCUUGUUGAAGAGACAUUCACAGACAAGACAAGAAUGAUAGUUGUGUUCAUCCCAGUGGUAAUUCUUACACUGACAGUGCUAACCUUCACCAUUAAGGUUCUGUGCUUUGGGGAUGAAGCAGCAUUCAGCACUAAAACUGCAGUGCGUCAGAAACCCAAUGACACCAAGCAAGCUAGAGAUUCUGACGAAGUCAAAAUUGGUUUGCAGGUACACAAUGCAGGAAAAUCUAAUCUUGAUGAUAGACAGAUCACAGGAGAAUGUCAUUUCCGAUGUGACCGUGGAAAUAUGUACAUUUAAAGUUCACCCAAACUGCAGCCCAUUGGUCCACGUUUUCUGAAGAUUACUACAGUCAAGCAUAUUUACAGAACUCAAAAAGCUGACUUUUAUUACUUCUGUUCCUUGAAUUAGAGGCCAGUACUGAUCUUGAACUGACAUGGACUUUGAACUGAACUAAAUUUACUGACCUCUGUCAAUCCCUAACAGCCAUAGUCCAGCAGGGAAGAACAACACAGGUAAACAUUCAGGGAACGGAAAUCACUGACAAGUCUUCAUUGUGGCUUUAUAACUGAGGGGAGCACAUCUGAUGUCCCAGGUCUUCUGCUAUCGCACAACUCAUCCACCUCCCUCACUGUUAAGAAAAUUAAUUCAAGGGUUGUGCUUCUGAAAUUGUCCUGGUUAUGUACUGUAAAAUCCAGUUUUUGGAGAGAAAUCACUAAAGUGCAUCAUCUUGUAAAAACUGUAAACUAAUCAGAAAAAACAACUGCCUCGUUAAGGCAAACAAUAAUUGUGGCAGUGCAUAUAGAAAUAAAAAUUGAAAACUAAUCUGAUAAUCUUUUCCAAAUAAAAAGUUAAGACCUGAAGAUGUAAAUAGCAGCCCAAAGUCGGCACUCACUCAUUUACGAGUCCACACUAUUAUCUUAUAUUUAUCAAAAUAUAGAACAACUUGGUUUUGUCCACAGUGUUCAUUUUAGGACAUCCUUCUCCCUCUGAAAAAAUGCCAUCUUUUGUUUGGUAAAACACCAUCCUCCCUUCUACCUCCA